UUUUUUUUGCUGCUGUUAGUAUAUUUCUGUCCUAUCUACAGCACAGUGGCAUUAUAUCACGAUUGGGAAAACGGUCGACGCGCAUACAAUUACUUAAUAACGGAAAAUAUGAAACGAUUGCUACGACGAAAUUACGACAUGGCCGUAGCACCACAUGUAAGAACAGGUCUUGUUGAUGAACAGCGUCUUUGGGCAGCAACAUCGAUGGUAGCCUUUGAUGAAUCGUAUACGCGCCGCAUUCUUGGUUAUGAAAAUGCCGAAGAAUUCUAUCGCGACAUCAGUUCUGUAUCAUUAAUACCGAAAAUAACAGUACCAUUGAUAUUCAUGAAUGCACUGGAUGAUCCGCUUGUGCCACCUUGCCUAUGGCAGCCAGUUCGUGAGCUUGCUGCAACAAAUGAACAUUUCGGAUUCAUACUCACAAAACACGGCGGUCAUCUCGGUUUCCUGGAAGGCAGUGGUAUCAUUCCAAAUUCGGUUACCUGGCUGGAUCGCUGUAUCGUGGAACUUGCUAACGCAGCUAUCGUUGUUUACAGUGAAGGGACUGAUUAA